AAGCCUAGGAAGGCGUUGAACGCCUACAUCGCCAGCCGAACCUGGUUUUUACGCUGCCCUGAGCUCGCUCAUCUGCAGAUGAAGACUGCUUCCGGACUCAUCGCGGUUCUGUGGAUGGAGAGCUUCGAGCGCGCUUUGUGGGCUCUCAUUGCGAAUGCUUGGUCCGAGCUGCGCGACAAGUAUGGCAAGGACGCAGUUCCGCUAAAAGGCUUCCUGACAAUUGCGUGCCCUCUCUUGGGAAUCACAUCGCCGGACAAAUAUUUCGCUAAGUUUGGAUGGUCGCUCGUCUACGAUCCCGAGGGCAAACCCAUGCUCGCACGGACGAGCGUCCCCACUCGCGAGUCUUUCGGCCCGAAGGCUUUCACAACAACAUACUCUGCGAAAGACUUAGUCAAACACUGUCACGACAUCGGGUUCGUCCCAGACCUCAUCGCACCCAGAAAU